CCAUGACACCUGCAGGCUUUCCAUAACUCUACAAUAACUGGGAGGUGUUAUAACUUCUCUGGUUACACCCACGUUGCUGCUCCGUACUCUUCUCAACUCUCCUGCUUUUCAAAAGACUCUGUUUCUUCAAAGGCUUCUCUCAGAAGUUAGAAGAGAUCAUAUCAUGGCAAAGACCUCUGUGAAACAGUCUUCUGACAAGACCUUCUACAGAGAAGAAGAAGAGGAAGUUACAUACAUCACGCACCAUGGUCCGAAGAAGCAAGAUGGCUAUGCCACCACGCUGAAGCAAAGGAGCAGCAUUAAGCAAGACGAAGACGAGCAACUGGACCUAGACAAAGAUCCUCUCAUCCAGCUCGGCAACAGAGGAACAAACUACCGGGUGGUGCGGAUCAGGGAGCCUCUCGGGCGGAAGUCUGGAGGCAACAGGUGGAAGGUGGUGGCGGCACUGCUGCUGUUCGCCGCCCUGGCAGCUGCCACCUGCUACCUGUUCCUCAUGUGAUGGUUACAGAUCCGGUUCAACGGGCUGUAACCAGCAUUUAGAAAAUGGUUUUAUUUUUGUUUGUUUUUCUGUUUGCCUUCAUUAAUCUUUAAAUUCUUAGAAAGAUGAUCCGGUUUUACAUCAGGGUUAAAACUUUUCUAUUUGCUGCCUUUUAUCAGAACAGCUGUUAAUUCCCCACACUGGAGCGUUAUUUCUUGCAUUUAUCUAUUUUAUUUUAGCUUUUUUCUUUCUGUUUUUUC